AUGUGUGUAUACAUGUUCAAAGAUUAUUUCAUCACCACAAUUAUACAGGAAAAUGUAGCAAUUCAUGGUAAAGAUUGGACAACAAUUGGAUCAGAGUUGGGACGUAUGGGUACUCAAUGUCGUGACCGAUGGAGAGAUUAUGGUUCUAUUAGUAAUCGAAAUCCUAGAAAAGGUGAAUGGACUAAAGAAGAAGAAGAUCAAUUAAAACUUAUUGUUACUGAUAUUGUAACAAGAUAUAAAGAUGAAAUAACAUUAGAUUAUGGAAUACCAUGGGAUAUAGUUUCAGAAAGAAUGGGGAAAAAACGAUCUCCUAAGCAAUGUCGUGAAAAAUGGGGAAGAAAGUUACGUCUUAUAUAUGAAAUGGAGAAAGGGGGAGAGAUAUCAAAAUGGUGUAGUGAAGAUAUAGCAAUUCAUGGUAAAGAUUGGACAACAAUUGGAUCAGAGUUGGGACGUAUGGGUACUCAAUGUCGUGACCGAUGGAGAGAUUAUGGUUCUAUUAGUAAUCGAAAUCCUAGAAAAGGUGAAUGGACUAAAGAAGAAGAAGAUCAAUUAAAACUUAUUGUUACUGAUAUUGUAACAAGAUAUAAAGAUGAAAUAACAUUAGAUUAUGGAAUACCAUGGGAUAUAGUUUCAGAAAGAAUGGGGAAAAAACGAUCUCCUAAGCAAUGUCGUGAAAAAUGGGGAAGAAAGUUACGUCUUAUAUAUGAAAUGGAGAAAGGGGGAGAGAUAUCAAAAUGGUGUAGUGAAGAUAAGUAUUCUUUUAAUUGGGAAUCAUUGAAUGAUGAUGAAUGGGGUCCUUGGACACAAGUAUACUUACAUGAGAGGUGGCGUCGAUUAAAAUAUACAAUUCAAGAUUUUUCAUCCAAAACCUUUACUGAAAUUGUUUGUGAACUUUAUAAUAGGUUUCAGAAGUCUCCACCACAACGAAAGUAUAAAUCACCAGAAAUAAUUGAAGACUCUGAUGAUGAAUUAGGGAUAGUAAAUGAAUGA